CACCAUGUCGGUCCUUUUAUCAACACUCCCUCGCUUCUCUCUCUUUCUCUCUCUCUUUCUACAUUUUCCUUCUCAAUCCAUCUGAUCCACCCUGAAUCCUGAUUCAUUGCUAAUUGGGCUUUUCUACUAUAUCUGUGCUUUGGUUUGUGUUUUAUCAAAUCCCUUUCCCCAGUGCAUACAUAAACCUCCUCUAAUUCCUCUCUCUCCCUCUCUCCAUCUCUGCUCUUUCCUAGCUAUGAUUAGGGUUUUCAGACUCUCAUCUAGACUACUAUUGUAGUUAUUGUUGAAAGUAUUACUCCAAAACAUUUCUGCCCCUGUUCCAGAAAACCCUUGAUACAUAAUGGAUCAGGUUCAAAAGGAAUCGUUGCCUGAAGAAAUGAAUGAGAUCAAGAAAUUCUGCUGCGAUUGCAAAACCACUAAAACCCCACUUUGGAGGGCCGGUCCAUCUGGGCCCAAGUCAUUGUGCAAUGCUUGUGGGAUAAGGUAUAGGAAGAAGAGGAGUGCGGUUGUGGGUUUGAACAAAAGCGUUGAGAAGGAGGAGAAAUCAGCUACCACUAGCCUUACCAAUACAAACACCACCGCCGCCACAACCGUCGCCGCCGCAAAGAAUCGUUGUGGUGGUGGCGGCGGCAAGGGGUGUAAUUUGAGUGAGGAUUUGAGGGUGAGAUUGGUGGCUUUGGGGAAGGAAGUGGUGAUGUUACAGAGGCAGAGAUCUCCAAUGAGGAAGAGACAGAGGAGGAGGAGGAGUGUGAAAAGGAAGUUGGGAGAGGAAGAAGAACAAGCAGCUUUUUUGUUGAUGUCUUUGUCUUGUGGCUUUGUUUUUGCUUAGAAAGACGAGACGAAAAGGUGUCAAACAAGACCCUUGAAACAAGCAAUUUACCUUCUUUUCAGUUUCCUUUUUGUCCCCUAUGAAAAUGCCCUUUUGGGGGUGGAUUGGGUUAUGCUUAUAAUAGCAAGUGAUGGGUGCCGGUGCCGGUGCCGGUGCCGGUGGGGAUCUUUGUUUUUGGGUGAUAAAGACAGUUGUUGCUGCGGGAAUCAAAGUUCCUCAUUCAUGAUGUACAUAUGAUGAUGUUUUAGAAAUGAAUUGGGUAUUCCUGUUGUAUUUACAA